AUGCGAGCUUCCUGUGCGCGAAGUUCGGGUUCGCGGUGGGCGGGAGGGGCGGGCUUAGAAGGAAGUGUACUUCCGGUGCCCUUUCUCCCACAAGCGCUCGGGGCUCCGGACCCUCGUGCGGAGGGGCUGAGUCCUAAGCUGGAGUGGGGUCGAGGCGGCCCGGCAUCCUCCUUCUGACCCUUGGUGCCGCCGGCGUCGGCAGCUGACAUGGCCCAGAACUUGAAGGACUUAGCGGGGCGACUGCCCUCCGGACCCCGGGGCAUGGGCACGGCGCUGAAGCUGCUGCUGGGGGCCGGCGCCGUGGCCUACGGCGUCCGCGAGUCCGUGUUCACCGUGGAAGGCGGCCACAGGGCCAUUUUCUUCAACCGGAUCGGCGGGGUGCAGCAGGACACCAUCCUGGCCGAGGGCCUUCACUUCAGGAUCCCCUGGUUCCAGUACCCCAUCAUCUAUGACAUUCGAGCCAGACCCCGAAAAAUCUCCUCCCCCACCGGUUCCAAAGAUCUGCAGAUGGUGAACAUCUCCCUGCGUGUGCUGUCUCGGCCCAAUGCUAUGGAGCUCCCCAGCAUGUACCAGCGCCUGGGGCUCGACUACGAAGAGCGAGUGUUGCCAUCCAUUGUCAACGAGGUGCUCAAGAGUGUGGUGGCCAAGUUCAACGCCUCUCAGUUGAUCACCCAGCGGGCCCAGGUUUCCCUGUUGAUUCGCCGGGAGCUGACAGAGAGAGCCAAGGACUUCAGCCUCAUCCUGGAUGAUGUGGCCAUCACCGAGCUGAGCUUUAGCCGAGAAUACACAGCUGCUGUAGAAGCCAAACAAGUAGCCCAACAGGAAGCCCAGCGGGCACAGUUCUUGGUGGAAAAGGCAAAGCAAGAACAGCGGCAGAAGAUCGUGCAGGCUGAGGGUGAAGCUGAGGCUGCUAAGAUGCUGGGAGAGGCUCUGAGCAAGAACCCUGGGUACAUCAAACUUCGCAAGAUCCGGGCAGCCCAGAACAUCUCUAAGACGAUCGCCACCUCUCAGAAUCGUAUCUUUCUCACUGCUGACAACCUUGUGCUGAACCUCCAGGAUGAAAGUUUCACCCGGUAAGAGACCUGCCCUACACAGUGGGGUGUCACGUGGAACAGGAAGCCUGAGUCUAGUAGGGCCUACUGGCCACCUUCUUAUGUCUUCUGGAAGACAUUUCUCUGAGCCAGUUGACAGUUCCCAUCUUCCACCUCGUAGGAUUUACUUAUGGAGUCAAGUAGAAUUACACAUGCAGAAAGCACUCAUUACUAAUAUUAGUGAAAACCUGAGUAUCACUGGCACAUGUGGUGCCAGGGUUUGAACUCAGGACCUCAUGCUUGUAAGCGCAAGUUUUGUCUACAUGUAGAGUGAUGAAAUGAUUUUCAGUAUUCUUACGUUGGAGCCUGGAAAUCGCUGCUCUAAGAACAGGAGGAAAGAGGUAGGAAACAGCAGCAGCUAAGAGAACCAGUCCCUGCCUUCCCCCCUGUCCUCUUGGGUAUAAAAAGGGGGUUGGAGCUGAUUGGGGCCUGGAUGUCGGUUCACGUGUGUGUUUUCUUCUCUUUUGUCUCAUGUUUCAUCUGGUGGUGCGGUGUCCAUAGGGGAAGGUAAGAUGUUGCAUUCUUGUUUUAUUUUUUGUGUAUUGUUUUUAGCCAGGCACUGCUCUGCUCUGGUUGUGGUUUCAGUGGGGAUUGAACCUGUGCAGCCUUGAUUCUUUGGAGUCUUGCAGCUAAUCUCACAAUACCAGACUCCUCCUCUGCCCUCCCCUGCCCCACAAGUAGGCCCUUGGGCACGAAUGAAGGUGGAGGGGAUGUGAUGGGGAGAGUGGCCUGGAUGCUCUGCCUCACAGUCAUCCCCCUGUAAUAACACCAUCUCCUGUUUCUGCAGUGACAGCCUCAUCAAGGGAAAGAAGUGAGCCUAGUGAGCAGGAACUCCACCGUCAGAGAGCUAGUGGAGCUGCUUCUCUCCUGGCUUGGGGGAGUCAGCAUGGGGCCCAGCACAGCCCCGCCCCACCCCAGUAUCAUGUGAUGGCCCCCUCUGCACCUAUCCUCCCGCCUUUGGAUGAAUGAAGACUGACCCAAGUCCAGGAGAAUGACUUUCUCCACCCUGUGUUGGCCAGGGGCAUUGGGACAGUGUGUGAUUUCUCAGUGAUUUCCUACAGUGGUGUCUCCUCCCUCAAGGUUGGGAGGCAAUAACCACCAUCCCAGGAAUUCUCAAUAAAAUUUUAUUACUUAA